UCCAGAUUUGCAUAAAAAAAAUUUUUUAUUGGUAAUUCGCCUCUACAAUCGAAUGUUAAAGGUGCAUUAAAAUCGAUCCGUUAAGUCCGGUCCGGUCGUCGAAAAGAGCGCACGAUGUCGGUGAUUCCCAAGCACGGUUUCAAAGCCUCGGAGAUAAUUAAGGAAGGUAGAACGACCCAAUCGAACGUCGACGAUAUCAAGAAAUGGGCUUCGUUCGAGAAGAGCGCCCCCGAGAUGUCCGAGGAGCAAAUCUGCUUGUUCCUGUUGGCCUGCAACAACGACCUGGACCUCACCAAGUACACCAUAGAGAGCUUCUUCAAGCAGAAGUGCUCUUCGCCCGAAUUGUUCAUGAACAGGGACAUCGACAACAAGGAGAACAAAUUCACCCACCAGGUCUCUUUGCUGGCAGUGUUUCCUAAAAGGACCGAGGAGAAUUACGUGAUCGCUUUGGGUUGCUUGAAAGACACUACCUACUACAAUUUUUGCAUCGAAUCGCAAAUCAAGGCGGCGUUCACUUUGAUAUCGGCGUAUUUGUACGAAAAUCCACCGGACGGCUUGAUUUUUAUCAUCGAUAUCAAGGGGGUGGGCAUAAUGCACCUGACUAGAUUGAAAUUGGGCCCGUUGAAGAAGUUUUUCGCUUAUCUGCAGGAGGCCUUGCCGACUCAAUUGCGGAGAGUCCACGUUUUGAAUGCGACUUAUAUUUUUGAAAAAAUACUCGCCAUUGCUAAGCCUUUCAUGAAGAAGGAACUCUUCGAAUUGAUAAUUACACAUCCUCCGGAAACGAGCAUGCAAGAUUUCUUCGAGAAUCACAUUCCGGCCGCUUGUAUGCCGUCGAAUUUCGGCGGAGAAUUGAAAAGCCUGGAAGAAAUUAGCGAAGACACCAAAGAGUACAUCAGAGGUGUAAAGGGCUUCCUCGAAGACGAAGAGCAACAAAUACAGUUCUUCAAAAACGAGAAAAAGUUGUAAUAUUCGACAAUAAUAACGAACAGUUGAUUAUUUAUUUGAAAUAUAUUUAAAUAUAUUAAACCCGGAUCAAAUAUUCAUUAACCG